GCAAUUUAUACUUUUUGAACAGCUCAAGUACCACAAACACGCACAGCAACGACGCAAACGCAACGACAGGGAUCGGCCCUCCAAGCUUCCCGAUUCGAUCAUGCUCCAAAAUCAAAAUUCAGCCCUACGGGGUACAGGCCCUGGCAAGUAGUCCUCCUGCCAAUUUCGACAAGCUGGCCUUGGGUCCACUCCGCAACCCACGCGAUCCGGUUCCUUUCCCGUCCUGCCCUUCUUGCUGUCGGCAAACUUCCCACGCGACUAUCUCCACCGACACCGCGCGCCAGCAAUGGCAAUGCUCUUUCCCCAGUCCCGGCGUUCCCGCGCCGCGACUACCUUCCUCUUCGUCGCGACCUUUGCCCUCACCGCGUGGGCGAGGAGCACCAGCAUCAAGGCCGACCACCCUCCCGCCGUCGACAACCUCUCCCUCUCCCAGCUCGAUGCCGAACUCCAGGUCCGUCGUAACCCCGCCGCCAACACGUGUCUGCUUCCGAUUCUCCGGUUCCCUCUUUCCCAGGUGGUCAAUGGAAAGAAGAAGGAAAAAAAAAUCAGAUUUCCGCUAACGAACCGUUCGCACGCGCAGCAAUGCCCCGUCGUGGCCCAGCUCUCGCAGGCCAAGGCCGCGCAGCACGCGGCGCACCCGCCCUCAUCGCCGACGACGCGGCUCUUCGCCCGGCUCUUCCCGUCGGCGCACCCGGCCGCCAACGCGCUCCUCGCGACCCUCUACAUCUCGGGCCCGCCCAACUUCCUGCUCGCGCUCUGCCCGACCGACAUCGACCCGGCCGCCCUCUCCGUCAUGGUGGCCUUCGCCGUCGGCGGCCUCCUCGGCGACACCCUCUUCCACCUGCUGCCCGAGAUCUUCCUGGGCGAGGACGAGCCCGACCGCGCCCGCCUCGUCCUGGUCGAGCCGAACCGGAACCUGCUGCUCGGCGUCGCCGUGCUGGUCGGGUUCCUGGCCUUUGUUGCCAUGGACAAGGGCCUGAGGAUCGCGACGGGCGCCGCGGGGCAUGAGCAUGGACACGGACAUGGUCAUGGUCAUGGGCACGGGCACGGGCACGGGCACGAUGGUGAGGACGAGCAGCUGGGCGGCGACGGGGAGGGGAAAGGGAGUUUUUCGUCUGCGGUGGAGAGGAAGGAUGGACGCGAGGCGAAGUCGAGGAAGGGAAAGAGGGGGGAUGGGAGAAAGGGUAUUGGAGAGGUGGUGGAGAAGAAGGAGAAGGAGAAGAAGGAGGCGAGCCAGUCGGUGAAGCUGGGCGGGCUAUUGAACAUGAUCGCCGACUUCACGCACAAUGUCACCGACGGCCUCGCCAUGUCGGCCGCCUUCUACGCGUCCCCGACCAUCGGCGCGACGACCACCGUCGCCGUCUUCUUCCACGAGAUCCCGCACGAGGUGGGUGACUUUGCGUUGCUGGUGCAGUCUGGCUUCUCCAAGCGGCAAGCCAUGGGCGCGCAGUUUGUCACGGCCCUCGGCGCCCUGCUCGGCACACUCAUCGGCAUUGCGGUGCAGGAGUUUGGCGGCGGCGGCAGUGGGAGCACCAGCGGUGCCGAGAUGGGCAUGCGCGACGGCAUCUGGGGUACCAGUCUGAGUUGGGGCGACAUGUUGCUGCCCUUCACGGCGGGUACAUUUCUCUACGUCGGCACCGUGGCCGUCAUUCCCGAGCUGCUGGAGACGGGCCCUAACAAGGCCGCCGAGCUGCGCAGGAUGCUGGUGCAGUUCGCGGCCAUCCUGGCCGGUGCGGGCAUCAUGCUGUACAUUUCGUGGCACGAGUGAGGUGGGAGGGAGUUGGUAUGUACAUACAGUACCUCGUACGUAGGGCGCAUUGCCCUGCCUCAUUGCAGUGGAUCCCUCCCCUGUUGCGAAAAAAAAUGGUGCGGUCACGUCACUCUGCCGGAGCUUACUAGUAAAGCGGGAGUCACACCUGAUAGACGGUCACCGUCGGUUUCCGGCGGUGUAACGUCCAGGAGGCUUGAUAACAGAAUUUUUGAAUUAUUUUUCGGGCUAAUUACCCAUAGAUGCGGCGGUCCUGAGCCGUGAACAAGUGGUCCCAUACGGCUUUGCAGGUCCUCGGCUUCAACAAUCUCAAGCGAUUUCCAUUGUUUCGUUGUGAUGCGAA